CGGUGACGUCACGUUCUGUCAGUCACCCUGCUCCGCCAUCAUUCCGUCGAGGCUGGCCGAGCUUUUCUGAUAACAACCGAUUAUCGCUGUUUUUCGGAUGAAGAUGGCUGCAGGUCCUCUUUCUGUAUCCUCCACAGCAUCCACAAACAACGAUGGCAUCCUCAUCGGUGACAAAGUUUAUUCGGAAGUGUACCUUACGAUCGACAACUCGCUCAUACCGGAGGAAAGGUUUUCUCCAACGCCGUCGAUGCUCGACGGCCUCGACCUGGACACAGAGACCGACCUUCGCAUACUCGGAUGUGAAGUGAUUCAGUCUGCGGGCAUUCUUCUCCGGUUACCCCAGGUGGCAAUGGCAACGGGUCAGGUGCUGUUUCAUCGUUUUUUCUACUCCAAGUCCUUCGUCAAGCACAGUUUUGAGAUUGUUGCUAUGGCUUGUAUCAACUUGGCCUCCAAGAUUGAGGAAGCACCAAGACGAGUACGAGAUGUCAUUAAUGUUUUCCACCACCUGAGACAGAUCAGAGGCAAAAAGACUCCAAGUUCUUUGAUACUUGAUCAGAACUACAUAAAUACCAAAAACCAAGUCAUCAAAGCGGAACGGCGGGUCCUGAAGGAGCUGGGCUUCUGUGUGCAUGUCAAGCAUCCUCACAAGAUCAUCGUCAUGUACCUUCAAGUCCUGGAAUGUGAGAAGAACCAGACACUGGUCCAGACGGCCUGGAACUACAUGAAUGACACCCUGCGGACAAAUGUGUUUGUGAGAUUCCAAGCCGAGACUAUUGCCUGUGCCUGCAUAUUCCUCGCUGCCCGAGCCUUGCAGAUACCUCUGCCAUCCAAACCUAAUUGGUACCUGCUUUUUGGAGCCAGUGAUGAUGAUGUUAAAGAGGUCUGCAUUACCACCCUUAGACUCUACACCAGGAAGAAGCCCAACUAUGACCAGCUGGAGAAAGAGGUAGAGCGGAGGAAGGUGUUCUUAGCAGAGGUCAAGCUGAAAGCCAAAGGCCUGAACCCUGAUGGUACCCCUGCACUGUCCACACUGGGUGGCUUCUCUCCUGCUUCCAAGCCCUGCUCCCCAAAUGUGAUCAAGGUGGAAGAGAAGUCCCCAAACCCCCAGACCCUCAAACCAGUUAAGAAGGAUCCAGACAGCCGGACUCAGAUCAACAAGAGUCCACACAAUGGAUUAAGGAAAGACGUAAAGAUCGGAAGGAACAGCAGGAGCGGAAGUGGAUCUCGUUCAAGAACACGUUCCCGUUCUAGAUCCCGCUCCCCGCGCAGACAUUACAACAGCAGACGCAGUCGCUCAGGGACCUACAGUUCUCGCUCACGUUCUCGCUCUCACAGUCGCAGUCCAUCGCCUCGACGACAUCCGCCCUCACCCCUUCUCCCCCACCUCAAGUCCAAGACCAGCCACCAUGGCAAUAGCGACUCCAAGCCUAGCGGACGCCACAACAACAGUGGCGGUGGAGGAUCUGGUCACAAGAGGAAGCGCUCACGCUCUCGGUCGCGGUCUCGCACUCCGGUCAAAGUAGACAGGGAACGGGACCGAGAAAGGGAACGGGACAGAGACCGUAGUUCCUUUGACCUCUCUACAAAGAAACACAAACACGAGCGAGGAGGUGGUCAUCGAGGCGACCGGAGGGAGAGGGAGAGGUCUCGGUCCUACGACAGGGACAGAGAGCGGGAGCGUAGCCACAAGAGCAAACACCACAGCAGCAGCAGUGGGCAUUCAGGACAUAGCCGUCACCGCCGCUGAGACAACACACACACACACACACACACACACACACAAUAGUUCUAGGACUGAUGGUCACUGAAGUAUUUUCAGUAUACUUGAAACAAAAUCAGGUUUGGCAUGUUCUCUGAAUGCUGUUAAAUACAGUUGACUGCAAACAUCAGUGUGACACUUGGUCUGUUCAUUUAAUGAAAGACGCAUCUUGCAAGUUCUUAAUAAGGUUAAUUAAAUAUUUGCUUCCUUCAACCGGUCAAAUAACAUUUCUUGGGGGUUGUUGACAAAGAACUUACAUAAAUAUUGGCACACUCAAUGCAGCUCUGGAAGCCAGAUGCUGCACCUCUACCAUGGUUGAGAGAACUUGCCUUGUUUGGUUUCAUUUGGGGGUAGAUUCUGUUCAAUUAUUGUUGUCCUAAGCCACAUAUAAAUAUUUAGUUUUCUUAAAAAAAAUGUCCCUAUGAAAAACUGUAAUAAAGCCUUGACAUCAGAAGCACACGUGUAGCUGAUAUUCGGCAGAGGGGGUUGAUGCUGUGUUAUAGAUUAAAUGUGUGUGUCUUAGGAACCCAGCCUGCGGCAGUAUCUACCAGCAUUCAGUGGACCUUUCUGAGAUUUAUAGGUUUACUGUCCUCUUUUCCUCAACCUGGUCAGACACGAUCAGUGGUUGAGGGAACACACAAGUGAAGUGUGACAUCAGUCCUAGACCCGUCAUUGUCCUUUCCACCUAUAGGUUUUUCUUAAUUUUCCCAUGAUACCCACACACACCACUACCAUCUCUCUAGCCUACCCCUUUGUUCUUAGUUUUACAUGUAAAGUUAUGGACUUUGGGAAAACAAAACUUAUUUACAGUGUAAAGAUGGAUCAAUAUCUGCUGACAAUGUGAACGCUUUGAUUUAUAAAAGCAAACAGCUCAGUGGAAAGAUCGAAUGAAUAAAUGUAAAAUAAAAGCGAUCAUUCAGGAAAGAUCAGUAUGUUUGCACAUUAAGGGACUGGUGAGCGAGUGGUUUUGUUUCCUUUUUUUGGACAUGUAUGUUGCUAAAGCUGUUUUGUACAGUUUCCAAACAGCUGACUGGUUAUAGACUUGUUUUUUUCUUUUUCUUUUUUUCUUUUUUUACAGCAGGGGAUGCAGACUUAACUUCAGAAUUUUAGGGUUGUCAAUUUGUUACACUGGUUUUUAGUCUGCAUGUGUUCAUGUCCAAUUUUUAUUCAAUAAUAAAUGAGUUAUGCCACUGAA